GGGGGAAGUAGAAGGCAGAAGGGGAAAAAAUAAUCAAGGUUUGCUUUUCCGAAGGGUGUGUUUGUUCCUAAUAAAUUAUAUGAAAGUUAUUCAGAUAAUAUAUAAACUCUAUUUGUUUUUGAAAACUGUGAAAUUUUUUUCUAAUAGUUUGUUUCUAAAAAUGAUUGAAUUAAAAAGGGUGUAGACACUCAAAGGCUUCAGAAGGAAGUUUGUAAAUAGAAGUGAUAAAACAUGCCACGCAAGUGCGGUGUCUCCGACUUCUUCUCUGUAAAGUAACUCAUUGGAAACAUUAAUUGUAUGUCAUUGGUAAAAUGCAUCUUUUUUCAGAUGGUAGUGGGUAAGGUAGAAAUACAAUCAUGGACAUAUCAACUGGUUCUAAAUUCAAUAAAGAGCUUUGGAGUAAUGCUGUCAAUUGUGGACCAGAGUAUACUGUGUAUUUAGGUAUGUACAGGAAUUAUUAUGAAAGCUUUUCAAAAAUAACUUACAAACUUCGUGUUUAUGUCUACAUACUCCAUCUAUUUAAGAAAUCAUAUUCCCUAUGACAGUGUUCUACUGGCUCACAAACAAUGUUAAAUAAUAAAUGAGGCUUACAUUUCUGGGGGAGAGAGGGAAGAGAUGAGAGAGAGAGGAAAAGAAGGGGAAGGCAGAUGGUUAGUCUUUGGCAGGACAUAAUGCUUUAAUAAAGAAAGGAGCAAAUGAUCAUCAAAACCUGAUUUAUUCAGAGAAUUUACUGUCUCUUCUUUGUGUAUAUAUCAGUUUGUGUUGAAGUGGAUCAGAUGAAUUGUAUUCUGUAAUACUGCUAAUGUUUAUUUGUAUUAAAAAUUUGAGUGCAAAUGUAAUAACCUUUUAAGGGGAUAAUACUGUAUUGAGAUGCACUGAUAAACUAAUUUGUUAAAUGAGAAAUGUCAUAAUGUAACCUAAUGUAUAUUUACAUCUGAGUAAUCUAUUUUCUCCAGGCUGUAAGGGUAUUCACUUCUGGUUUUGCAGGAAGAUGUGUUUUGUUGUCUGCAGGCUAACUAAUGGGUUAAGAGAAUGUCUUUGCAAGUGAAGUUCAUUCAAAGUUAAUUAAAAGGUGCAGAUUUUUUUCUUUCCCCUCCUUUAAAGCAGUUACAUAAAUCAUAAAAACAUUUAAUUUGAAAAGCAAUAAAUGCAGAAGAAAAUAAUAUCACAAUGUCCUACUUAAGGACCAGAAUGACAAGUUGUAGAAAACUCACUGUAUUGACACUGAUUUAUUGCAUAGAGUUGAAGAAAUAUCAAUUGGUAACGCUGAACUACGUCUCCCUAUUCAGCAUUAGAUUUUCUCCAAGUGUGAGGAAAUAAGGCUGAGAGAGUUGAUCAGCCUGGAGAGGAGAGAGGCCUGGUAGCGGCCUUGGAGUAUGUAAAGUGGGGCUGGAAGAAAGAAGGGGACAGGUUCUUUAGCAGAGGCUGUUGUGAUAGGAUGGGAGAAAUGGUUUCAAACUAAAGAAGGGGGGAUUUAGAUGGGAUAUACAGAAGUGUUUUACAGUAUGGGUAGUGAAGUGUUGGAACAGGUUGCCCUGAGAGGUGGUGGAUGCCCUGUCCUUGGGAUAUUCAAGGUCAGGCAGUAGGGCACUGAGCAACCUGAUGGAGCUGUAGAUGCGCCUUCAAUUGCAGGAGAGUUGGACAAGAUGAUCUUUGGAAGUGCCUUCUAAUUCAGAUGAUUCUAUGAUACAUUUUGGAUUUGCUUCAGUGAAUAGCAUCUUUGAUACAUACACAGCUGUUAACUGUCUGCUUGCUUUUAAUAGCUACGGUUAAACAGAUUUCAGAAGAAAAAUCAUACAACAGUGUACUUGGCCUGCUACAUUUGUACAGUUUUUGAAAAUUCUGUAGCCUACAUCAUCAGCUAGAGAUCUCAGUCAGAUGAAUCAGACAAGAUGUGUUUCGGGCAGACUUCUUGCUGGAUGGAGAAGUGUGUCAGCUGAAUCAGACUGAAGCUUGAUUCAUUAAACAACGAAGGUAGAACUACAACUCAGAUAAUUAUCUUGUUUGCUCUUAUGGAACGCAGCUGAAUGGAGCUGAAAGGGCCACAGAUGAAAGAACUUGAACGCGUUUCUGACAGUUUAAGAUGUGUCUGACAGUGACUUGCUUACCUUAGUAACAAAGAAGAGUAUUUCAACAGCAGCUUAGGAUACCUGUGUGCCAACUUAGUAACUGGAAUGGUGUUCUGACAACAGUUCUCCGUAGCAAACUACUCGCCUUGCUACAGAACAGUAGCGUUUUCUCUACUGAUAAUGCAGCUCAAUGGAGGAAAGUAAUGUUUUGAUAAGCAUGCGAGAAGACCAGUCUUUUCAUGUGCGAUACAGGAUGGAGGCUUCUUGCCUGGAGCUGGCUUUGGAAGGUGAGCGCCUCUGUAAAGCAGGAGAUUGCCGAGCUGGUGUGUCUUUCUUUGAAGCAGCUGUUCAGGUUGGAACUGAAGACUUGAAAACACUCAGUGCUAUUUACAGCCAGCUAGGCAAUGCCUAUUUCUACUUGCAUGAAUAUGCAAAGGCCUUGGAAUACCAUCACCAUGAUUUAACUCUUGCAAGGACAAUUGGAGAUCUGGUGGGAGAAGCUAAAGCUAGUGGAAAUCUGGGCAACACCUUGAAGGUACUUGGAAACUUUGAAGAAGCUAUUGUUUGUUGUCAGAGACAUCUGGAUAUUUCCAGAGAGCUUAAUGAUAAGGUUGGAGAAGCUAGAGCACUGUAUAAUCUGGGAAAUGUUUAUCACUCUAAAGGGAAAAAUGUGGCUUGUGCUGGGACACAUGAUCCAGGGGAGCUUCCAGAGGAUGUGAAAAAUGCUUUGCAAAAAGCUGCAAAUUACUAUGAGGAAAACCUGACGAUAGUCACAGAGCUGGGUGAUAGAGCAGCACAAGGACGUGCCUUUGGAAAUCUGGGAAACACACACUACCUUCUGGGCAACUUCAGGAGUGCAGUUUUAGCCCAUGAACAGCGUCUCCUAAUUGCAAAAGAAUUUGGUGAUAGAUCAGCAGAAAGAAGAGCAUACAGCAAUCUUGGAAAUGCCUACAUAUUCCUGGGUGAAUUUGAAACUGCUUCUGAAUACUACAAGAGGACAUUACAGCUGGCUCGGCAGCUUAAAGAUAGGGCUGUGGAAGCACAGGCCUGCUACAGCCUUGGAAACACAUACACUCUGCUUCAAGACUAUGAGAAAGCAAUUGAUUAUCAUUUGAAACACCUUGUGAUUGCUCAGGAAUUAAACGAUAAAAUUGGUGAAGGAAGAGCAUGCUGGAGUUUAGGGAAUGCAUAUACUGCUCUGGGCAAUCAUGACCAAGCCAUGCACUUUGCUGAGAGGCACCUGGAGAUCUCCAGAGAGGUAGGAGAUAGAAGUGGGGAACUCACUGCUAGACUUAAUCUCUCAGAUCUUCAAAUGGUUCUUGGAUUAAGCUAUAGCACAAACACUUCCAUGAUGUCAGAAAGCCAUGCGGUAGAUAACAGUCUGAAUGGUACCCGGCCCAGGGUAGGACGUCGUCACAGUAUGGAGAACAUGGAACUUAUGAAAUUAACACCAGAAAAGGUUCAGAGCUGGAACAGUGAGAUUCUUGCUAAACAGAAGCCACUCAUUGCCAAACCUUCAGCAAAACUGCAUUUUGUAAAUCGACUCAAAGGCAAAAAGUACAAAAAUGGCACCGCUUCCAAAGUUCUGCAGGAUGCCAGUAAUUCCAUUGACAGCCGCCUUCCCAGCGCUCAGAGGAGAAACAGUCGAGAAACAGUGGCAGACGAAGGGUUCUUUGAUCUGCUGAGCCGAUUCCAGAGUAACAGGAUGGAUGAUCAGAGAUGCCACUUCCAGGAGAAGAACAGAUUCUCAGCUGCUUCAGUAGCAACAUCCUCUACUCCACCUAAAACAAUACAAAAAUCCUUUUCUGCUUCCGUAGUCUCACCCCACACUGAUGAAUUUCUGGAUUUACUUGCGAGCUCACAGAGCCGCCGCCUCGACGACCAACGUGCCAGCUUUAGCAAUCUGCCUGGCCUUCGUCUUAACCACCGCACCAGUCCGUCUGUGCUGGGCCACUUAAUGGCCAGUAACAACAGAGAGCUAGAUGAGGACUUCUUUGAUAUAUUAAUAAAAUGCCAGGGUUCGAGACUGGACGAUCAAAGAUGUGCUCCUCCAUCAUCUGCAAAAGGACCAACUGUACCAGAUGAGGACUUUUUCAGCCUCAUUGUACGAUCCCAAGCUAAGAGAAUGGAUGAACAAAGAGUCCACUUACCCUCUGCUAUUAAAGGACCAAGUUCUAGCUGAGGAGAUGCACAGGCUCAUACUGUACAGUAGCAUCUUAAGUUUCAUUUUUGUUUGCUGGAAAAACAUACGUGUCUUUUUACAAAGGACUGCAGUCAGUAGUUUUGUCUCCUUUAAAAUCACUUUUUGUAUAAUAGCAGUACCACACUUGUGAUUGGUAGUUGGAGUUCUGUCUUGGUGUCUGGCAGCUACUUUUGGCUGUGUCUGAGAUACAGAUUACUGCAUCUCCCUCUUAAUUGCCUCUAGUUUAUGAACAGUAACAGCAGUUUUUUCCUCCCUCAAGGUAUUGUUGUUGCUGGUGUGCGAUCUCUUCCACACCUAGCUUGGGACUUAGGUUUGUAUGCUCUUUAUAAGGAUAAAGACUUGAUUUUUUUUCUGAUUUGUACCUCCCUGAGAAAGGUCCCAUUUUCUUUUAUACUUUUUUAAAUAAAAGUAAUUGAGAAAUUA